ACUUUGGUUGCUUUGUCUGCCCUAAGUUUCAAAUAAUAACUUGCGGACAAUUUUCCCACCAUAGUCUCGCAAACGGUCAACUCGCAAGCCAUUACCAUGGGUCCCAGAUUCCUUAUCCAAGAGGCGCCAGAUGUAGCAGCAAAAGAGGUGGUGGAAGAUGCGCUACAAAGCAUGCAUGGUGGUAAUCCACCUUUCAAAUGGGUGGAGGAAGAUGGCCGCUCACUGAUAGGAUGCUACGCUACCUUAUCCUACACGACCGCACCCUGGACGCGACAGUUUUUCGAGCUUGCCAAACUUUGUUACAGCCCCGUAGGCGCGAAACCGCGGAAUCGAGAGCUUGCUAUUCUCGGAUUGAGCUCAGUUCUCGACGUUCCCUACGUGGUAUAUUGUCACCGUGGUGUGGCGGCGAAGGUCGGUCUCACUGCCGAGCAGUACACGGAUGGGUUGGCUGGUCAGGUUCCGAAGGAUUUGACUGAGGAAGAGAGCAUGGCCUAUCGCUUGGGGUGCAUUCUUACCACUCUGAAUGGUCCUUUGGACGAUGCGACGUGGCAGGAAGUGACUUCCGUCAUGGAAAAGAGUGAAUUCGUUGCGAUCUUGCAUACUGUCGCAGGUUAUCGAUGGGUUUCGCUCCUGGAACAAGUGAAUGGUGAAGAUCACAGAUGGGCUAAAUCAGACUAA